AUGGGAAGCAUAGUCUCGCAGUUGAUGUUUUUCAUGAAAUGGUUGGUAAAGGGAUUUAAGCCAGGCAACUCACGAUGGAGGGAGAUGGGCUCAUCAGUUCAUCCAUUGCAACUCAAUACCAAUCCCGACAAUCUGAGUACAGCCAUCAUUGAUAUGUAUGCCAAAUGUGGGAGCAUUGAUUCCGCUCUAGAAGUAUUUGAUCAAAUCCGAGACAAGGCCAAAAAAGUCGAUCCUUGGAAUGCAAUUAUAUAUGGCUUGGCCAUGCACGGGAAAGCAGAGGCGUCCCUGAGAAUUUUUGCAGACUUGCUAAGUCGAAAGAUAAAGCCCGAUUCAAUCACAUUAAUUGGAGUCUUGAGUGCUUGUUGUCAUGCCGGUUUGGUGGAAGAAGGGAAAAACCAUUUCAGGAGCAUGAGAGUGACGUAUGGUCUAGAGCCUAACCUUAAGCAUUAUAGAUGUAUGGUGGAUCUGUUAGGCCGAGCGGGGAGGCUGAACGAAGCAGAAGAGCUUGUGCAAAACAUGCCUAUGGAGGCGGAUGCUAUCAUUUGGGGCACGUUGUUAGCAGCAUGCAAGAUGUACGAGAACAUAGAAGUAGGAGAAAGAGCUGCUCGAAACCUGGCUAGGGUCGAACCAUCAGAUGGGCCAGGUAGAGUUAUGCUGUCUAACUUGUAUGCAGAUGCAGGCAGGUGGAACGAUGCUUUCCUGGUGCGGAGAGCAAUGCAUAACGAAAACCUUGCGCGAUCACCGGGUUAUAGUGGUGUUGUUUCAGCUGCUGAGCCCAUGGCACCAACUCCACCUGUUAGAGACCAUUGCCAAAAUAGUUCAGCCACUGCCAGCAAUGCAACAGUGUCAAGUCUUGAGGAACAUUGUGUGAAUGCUGUGUCCCGUGCACGAGAGAAAUCAGUCAACAACUCCACACUAGCUGAGCUCGUGACUGUACCCAAGAUCACAGCUAAGGUGGAGGACCACGCGGAGGGACUUGAAGAUUGUCAAAGUAUAUCAAGUGGAGGGAAGAAGAUUGCAGAAUAA